AUGGAUGAUAAAUGCCUCUAUAUUGAAAGAAUAAAAAAAGGACUCAGUUCAAUCGACUGGAUGAAUACCUUGCUAUUGGUUGUUGUCGCAUUCUUCACUAUGUUCACAAGUUCCUUCUACGACAAUUGGUCUUCAUUGGCAACCUUCUUUCUCAUGGGAGAUGUAUAUUCAAAUUACUGCUCACCGGAUCAAUUGAAGGGCCCUCCUCUCCCAGGUGGCCGAUGCAAUCAGCAGGGAUAUAUGGUGUCACAACUUUUGCCAGUAACAAGAUUUACUCAUUAUGUAUCUUCUGCAAUCGCUGGAAUUAUAUUGGACAAAUAUGGACAUUUUACCACAGCUACCACUGGCAUGGGCUGUGCCUUUAUGUGUUGGUUGUUACUGGGAUUUUUUGCGCACAUAAAUUGCUGUGUCGUUCUAAGUUGUAUCUUAAUGGCUAUGUCUGUUGAUUCUACUGCAUUUCCUGCACUCAUGAUAAAGCAAAAGUUUCCCAAUUCAAGAAACGUUGUAAUGGCCAUAAUUGGUUCGGCUUCAUCUAUAUCAUCUGCCAUACCAAUAAUAUUUAACGUAAUACUCGAAAAAACUAACUCAUCAUUCAAAGGAAUAUCACUAACCUAUUGCUUUUUAUUCGUUAUAAUUACUUGGGUAGUUAUGUCGAUUAUACACCUAAAAUUCAUCGAUGCAAGCCAAUCACAAGAUGAUGAUUCCCUUAGCAGCGAAAGAGACACUCAACAAGAUGAUGAUUCCCUUAGCAGCGAAAGAGACACUCAACAAGAUGAUGAUUCCCUUAGCAGCGAAAGAGACACUCAACAAGAUGAUGAUUCCCUUAGCAGCGAAAGAAACACUAAGGCACUUUCAGUAUGGGAUUGUUUGAAGACAAUGAAAUUUGUUUGCAUCUCAUUCUAUUUCACAGUGAUGAAUUUGACAUUAACUUACCAUCAGUACUUUUUGAGCGUCGAAUACAAGAGCAAUUCUACCACAGUUAGGAUUUUGGAGAUUUUCUUCAUCGUCUCCUUCUUUCCUUGCAUUAUGUUUGGCAUAAUCAUAGAAAAAUAUGGAAUUUGCAUCACGUUGCCAUUACUUAACUUAUUUGGGUUAUUUGCACCAAUUUUUGCACUACACACAAACACAGUUAAUGGAAUACUCAUGUCCUUAUGCAUUAUGAUGAUAUACUCAGUCUUUGCAACCACCGUGUUUUGCUACGUGCAGCACGCAUUCCCAAAACACAAGUUUGGCGCAAUUAGUGGCAUUGUUUCUACAAUUGGUGGCUGCGCUUCCAUGGCUUGCAUGCCAUUAUUUAGGUUAUGCAACACGUAUGGGUUUAACUAUCAAGUGAAUAUCAUGAUGGUUUUACUACGCAUCGCUAAUUUCGCCCCUCUCUGGUACAUAUACAAGCAUGAUCACACACGAAAACUAUCAAGUAUUUGA